GAUUAAAAAAAACCCUUAAAGCUUCUUGCAAAUGGAGAGUUGGACAAUCGAAUGGCAGAAUAUUCUUAAACAGAAAUGAGCCGGAUUGCUCCGCCUUGGUCUCACGCACCUGUGGCGAAGAGAUUCGUCCUGCGGCUGUUCAUCUCGCUCAAGUACGUGACAGCGAACGUUGUGGAUCGCCGUAACGGUAGGGUUAUUGUGACGGCUUCCUCGGUGGAGAAGGCGCUCAAGGAAGGGCUCGAUUGCGGCCGCACCUGCAACUCCAAGGCAGCUGCCGCCGUCGGCGAAGUCCUCGCCAUGCGCCUCAAGGUAGACGGCUUGGCGAGCGAGCCCAUCCACGCUAAUGCCACCAAGGAAGUCGAGAAGAAGGGCUUCAAGAACCGCGCUAAGGUAUGGGCUAUCCUCAACGCCAUUCGCUCCCACGGGGUUAACCUUGUCCUCGAUGAUGACCAUGAUAGUGGCAACGACCAUCAUUUCCCUUGCCGCUGAUGACCGCAACCUGUUUGAUGAAAUUCCUGUGAAGUUUUUCCCUGAUAGACAAGCUUGGGCAUCACAUGAGGAAAAAACUCUUUUUAAAUGGGCAUUUGUUGUGUUGACAUUAAUGAUUUAUGCUCACUGUUUUAUGACUAAUAAUUACUUACGGGGACAUCAUCAUUUGCCCUCGCCGCAGAUGACAACCUGUUUCAUGAAAUUACUGAUAGAAACAUGUAAGCUCCGUUUUAAAUGGCAUGUAAUUUAUCUUCAAGGGAAGAAGAACAACAACUAUAUGGGGUCGGUUACGUGAAUUUUUUUUCUC